UUUGCCAUGAGCUUUGAGUUGGUCAAGUCAUGGGGUGGAUGAGUCUCUCUCUCUCUCCUAUGUGUAGGUUCUUGACAAGAAGAAGACGAUAACCAAGAAACGGCUAGAGAGAGAAAGUGGCUCACUUAAACCACACUCUUCUCCUGCGUCUGAUCCCUUGCGACCUACUCAAAUAUAAAUUGACUUCUAGUCUUGUAAUCUAGUUCUAGAGAGAGAGUGAAGGGGUGGUAUUAGCAAGGGAAAAUGGGUAGGAAACAAGACCAAGGUGGUUCUCUGAGGAGUAAAGCUGCCCACUUUGUAUCUGACGUUACCACAGUCUUCCUCAACCCAAUAUCUGAUAAACCCUCCACGGAAGACAAACACCCCCAAUCAGAUGAUGAGACUGAGCCAGAAACAAAUCAACUAGAGUCAGUUACGGAAGAAGGUUCUUCGGAUUCAGUUGAUGAGCCUGAUACGUCUUCUUUUACUGCAUUUCUUUAUUCACUACUAUCAUCGUCCAAAUCUGGAACUAAUUCCAACCCUGAAGGGCAAAAAGAGAAUAAAGAGGGGAGUGGCAAACUAGCAUCUGACUCAAUAGCAAUCAAAGAAAGUAGUGGAAAGAGAAGUUUAUUUUCUAGGGGUAAACAAUCCAUCGGUAGAGCGCUUUAUCAGGCUGCCAGAUUAGGUGGGUAUCGAAACCAAGCCUCAGGAAACAAGGGCAGUUCUGACAUGACAAUCAGUGGCGGUAACAAUUCUACAGCUGUUGAAGAUGUGGGUAUUCCUUUGCAAAUGAUGAGUGAAUCAGUGGAUUUGGACGAUCUUCCAGAAAUUUCUGAACCGUCAUUGCUUCUGACUGAGAAAACACGGAGUACUCUUUAUCAUGCACUUCCAGUACUUGUUCAGGGGAGGAAUUGGGUAUUACUCUACAGCACAUGGAGGCACGGCAUUUCACUUGCUACGCUUUACAGGAGAAGCAUGCUUUGUCCUGGUCUUAGUAUGCUGGUUGUUGGUGACCGUAAAGGUGCAGUGUUUGGUGGCUUAGUUGAGGCACCCUUGAGAGCAACAAACAAGAGAAAAUAUCAGGGAACGAAUGAUUCAUUUGUUUUCACAAAUACACCAGGACAUCCAGUGAUAUUUCGGCCCACAGGUAUCAAUCGCUACUUCACUUUGUGCUCCACUGAAUAUCUAGCUUUGGGUGGGGGAAGUCACUUCGCACUUUAUUUGGAUGGUGAUCUGUUAAAUGGAUCAAGUUCAGCCUCAGACACAUACGGGAACUCUUGUUUGGCAUGCUCUGAAGAUUUUGAAGUGAAGGAAAUUGAGUUGUGGGGCUUUGUAUAUGCUUCAAAGUAUGAAGAGAUGGUCUCUUUGUUGCGGACAGAGACACCUGGAAUUGCCCGGUGGUAAAUGAUCUUUGCUUGAAGCAGAGCAUGCUCUUUCAAUGUCAUGAAUCAUCUGUCUUCGGAUCAGGAUGUUUCAGAUCGCGCACUCGUUUGCUUUACUAAAUAACAACUGCAGGUGUAAGACAUAGAUGUAUAUAUCAAGCCAUACAAGUUACCUUGUACAGAAUGGGAUCUGCUCUCUUGUGUAUCUAAUGAGAGUUUGUGAUUGUUGAAGGCCAGUUUUGACUAUACCGUGAACUACUUGAGCACGUUUAAAACA